UGAACAUCGUGACACGCUGUGGGGCUUUGAACUCUCAUCUCUUCCAAUCGAACAUACGGCAAUCCAGCUACUCCAUCAUCAUGGCUCCGGUGACGGUGAGAAUCGUCGACGUCAGCUACGUCUCACUGCCGGCGGAGGCUGCACUGCCGCCGGGAGACCUCAAGCUCAAUGCCAUGGAGGUCCAGUGGCUGGUGCUUCCGCUGCUCCAGCACCUCCUAUUCUUCGAGGGCGACCAGCUGCCGCCCUUCGACACCGUUGUCCAGUCCCUCCGGUGCUCCCUCUCGGCGACGCUGUCCUACUACGCUCCGCUCGCCGGCAAGCUCGUCCACCUCGCGGACACCGGCGACGUCGCCAUCCGCUGCUCCGCCUCCGACGACGGCGUCAGGUUCGUCGUCGCGGAGUCCGAGGCCGACGUCCGCCGCCUCGCCGGCGACGAGGAGCACGACGUGCAGACGUUCGAGCGGCUCGUUCCGGAGCUCGACAUGACCGAGCUGCCGGCUCCCUUGCUGGCCGUGCAGGCCACGCGCCUCGAGGGAGCCGGGGUGGCUCUCGGGGUCACCGUGCACCACGCCGUCGCCGACGGCCGGUCGCUGUGGAGGUUUGUGGAGGCGUGGGCGGCGGCGUGCCGGGGGGACACAUCGCCCGUGCCGCCUCCGUGCUUCGAUCGCUCGCGUGUCAGGCUGCCCGGCGGCGAGGAGCUGGCCCGUACGGUCCUGAGAGAAUCCGCGCCGAACCUGCCCGUGGUGACGACUCCCUCGUUUGUUCAAGAAGAUCGCCUGCGGUUCAUCCGCUGGACGUUCACCUUGGACGCGCAGCACAUCGAGCGGCUGAAGCAGCGCGUCGUCCACCUCGGCGAAGCCCAAGAAGGCGCGCCGUCGUGUCGCCGGCCGUCCAGCUUCGUGGUCGCCGUCGCGCUGGCCUGGACGUGCUUCGUGCGCUGCAGGUCCAUCCCCGCGGACAAGGACGUGUUCCUGAGCUUCUUAGCGGACGUCCGCGACCGGCUCGAUCCUCCCGCCGGCGCAGAGUACUUCGGCGCGUGCCUCAGCGGGUGCGUCGCGGCGCUGCCGGCGCGGGAGCUCCACGGCGAGCGAGCGCUGGCGGCCGCUGCGUCGGCGGUCCAGGGCGCGAUCCGCGCGAUGAUGGAGGACCCGGUCCGGGGGUGGGAUCUCCACAGGAUCGUUCGGUCGGUCCCCAUGGAGCGGUUUGUGAACGUAUCAGGGUCGUCGAGCUUCAGGGCGUAUGAAGCUGCCGACUUCGGGUGGGGGAGGCCGACGCGGACGGUGCCGGUGAGGAUGAACCACGACGGGCAGGUGGCGCUGGUCCGCGCCAGGGAUGGUGACGGGGUCCAGGUGUCAGUGUCCAUGCUCCGGCGGGCGCACAUGGACACCUUCAAGUCAAUGUUCCUCCAGCUGCUUGGAUGAAUGGGUGACGAACUGAUGAGGACGAUGCGCCUGCGAUGUACACACUGUAUUUGGAUUCAAGUGCUAAUAUCAAAAUAUUCUUUUUUUUUUGAAA